CUCGGUCCUCCCCUGUCGUGUAACAUUAGGAAGCUGGGCCGCGAGCUGCCGGGGUGGGGGGGGCAAUUCUUUGGCAUUGUCCCCGGGAUUGGAACGUUAUGUCAUCGGGAGGAGCGCGUGCCAGACUGUAGCCAUGUCCCAGCUUGUCGCACUGUCAGCUCUCGGUCGCUGUGGAAGCCGCAUCGGGUUCUCCCUGAGCAAAGCUACAGCGCGGCGGCCGGGCUGCGUCUUGUUUAUUGAAGGAGGAGCCGCUGCCGCCGCUCGCCACGGCUUCCCGGGGGUGAGAUGGCUUACCGGGGGCGGCGUUCGUAAGAUCUCACCGGGGGGCGGCUUUUUUAAGCCGUUCCUGGUGGUUGGCAGCGCUGUGCUGGUUGGGGCGACCGUGAGCGGCUUUGGGCUCACCCGCAGCCGGGCUGUGAUGGCUGCGAAAAGCGUGCUAGCACCGGCCGAGCGGGACCAGCAAGCGCUGGAUGAAAUGUUGCAAAAGUGCAAACACUUCAUGUCGGAUCCGGUGACCGACGUCAACAGACUGCUGGAAAAUAAGGAUGACAUGAGGACUAAGAUGGAAUUGCUGAUCAUGGAUGUUCAGGCUGAUGUUUGCAAAGCCUUGGCUGAAGUUGACGGCGGUAAGCCGUUCAAAGUCGACCGAUGGCACCGUAAAGAAGGUGGUGGCGGUAUAAGCUGUGUACUUCAAGAUGGCAAAGUAUUUGAGAAAGCUGGGGUCAAUGUUUCUGUUGUAUUUGGUAACCUUUCAGAGGAAGCUGCUAAACAGAUGAGAAGCAGAGGAAAAUCGUUGAAAUCGAAAGACGGACAUCUGCCAUUUUGUGCUAUGGGAGUGAGUUCAGUGAUCCAUCCCAAGAAUCCUCACAUUCCGACCAUCCAUUUCAACUACAGAUACUUUGAAAUUGAAGACGCAGAUGGUCACAAAUCAUGGUGGUUUGGUGGGGGUACGGACCUUACCCCUACCUACCUGAAUAAAGAUGAUGCUAUCCAUUUUCACAAGACCCUCAAGGAAGCCUGCGACAAGCACGAUCGAAGUUAUUAUCCAACUUUUAAAAAAUGGUGUGAUGAUUAUUUUUACAUCAAACAUCGCGGGGAGCGGAGAGGAGUGGGUGGCAUAUUUUUUGAUGACUUGGAUUCCCCCUCAGCAGGAAACCUGUUCAAAUUUGUACAUAGCUGCGCUAAGGCUGUGGUUCCUUGCUAUAUCCCCAUUGUGAAGAAACACCUGCAUGAUUCCUAUACACCAGGAGAAAAAGCAUGGCAACAACUUCGGCGAGGCAGAUAUGUAGAAUUCAAUCUAGUUUAUGACCGAGGAACAAAGUUUGGUCUUGCAACUCCAGGAUCGAGGAUUGAAAGCAUUCUGAUGUCUCUCCCACUGACAGCUAGGUGGGAAUACAUGCAUAAUCCUGCCAAGGGCACAAAAGAGGCAGAAAUUAUAGAGGUACUGAAAAAUCCCAAAGACUGGGUCCAUUAAUGCAGCUAAACAAGGCUGCUCCAUGUUAAACCUGAAAGCAGAAAGGCUUUCAAUUUUAUUUUGCUGCACUGUUUCAUAAAAUUAAGGUAAUAUGUGUAACACUGAGUUUAACACAGUGGCUAUAUAUUCAUUGUCUUUUUUUUGUAUCAGGAAAAUGUACUGAAAUUGUUUCCAGCAGAAUUGGAUUAUGUUUAAACAAGUGAACUAAGUAUAAAUAUGUAAUUUUUUAACUACCUUUAAACUACCAUUUGAGGUGAUCAGAGGUGGACGAAAGCAGUUUCUAAAUACAACAUAAACAAAGACCGAGCAAUAGACUUUCUGCUGUUUUCAUUGAAAGGGUUAGGAAAGAAGAGCCAUAUCUCUACCAGUCAUCAAAAAUCUCAGCAGCGUGCAUUCUGCCUUGAUACAGAACUGAGUCACAAUCAUGUGUGCCAACCUUGCAAAAAUUAUUUUAUGUAUUGUAAGUCUUGUCAAUUUUUUAAAAGCCUGUGAACUGUUUUUUAUAUAAGAGCAAUAAAUUGGAGAUCAAUGGAAUUGACUACUUUAAUACGCUGGUGUGUUUCUUAAAGACUGUUUCCUUUAUAAUAGAUGUAAUGUUAUUAUUUCCUGCAACAUUAGAGCUAAGUUUAUAUUUGUAAAAAUUUGGAUAUUAAAAAGAUGGAAGUGGAAAAUAUUUAUUUUCAAUAUAUGAUAAAUAGAGAUUCAGAGUUUUUAAUACUCUAGACUCAGUGAAAUAAAACAUCACAAUAGAAAUUGAAGGUGACAUUAUUUGAGAAACUUUCAUGGAUUAUUUCCAUAUUUUUUGGAUUUGCUUUCAUUCAUUCCAGACAGUGGCAUUUUUGAAUGGUGCAUGUACUGAAUUGUUAAUUGUUUCAGAGCUAUUAAAGGCCAAUAACUUUUGAUACUUUGAUAUCACACUGUGCAUUACACGCUGAAUGUAAUAAACUCAGCCAUUCUGA